AUGGAGAGAAUAUUUGAGGUCGUUCUACAGUUAGAAGUGGAUCGUUCUCAUCCACUUAUGGGAAAAUGGGGAGAUCUUCCACAUUCAACUCCCUUAGAGCUCGCCAUCAAAGUCCAUUUUGGAUGGGAAACACUACUUCAGCAUGGUGCUUUGGUUAUUGAAUCAUCUAUUGAAGCUCUUGAAGCAGAUCGUCCAUCAUAUUUUGCCUUGUCUGAUGACAGCUUUGCUACUGUUCAUGGGAUUUAUGAUAUCAAGUAUGGUGAUUCCAGUUUGAAGUUUCCAACCUCUUUUCAUUUGGCGGUUGAGAACGGACAGUUAGAUACUGCCAAGUUUUUACAACGCCAGGGAGCAGAUAUCAAUCAGUCUGACAUAUUAGGCGUCACACCACUUCAUUUCGCCACUAGCAAAGACCUCAACAUGAUGGAAUAUCUACUUCAGUCUCCUAAACAACGCCAUUCAUUUUUCACCAAGACCAGUAAGGGAUGGGCCACACUGAUGGCAGCAGCAAGGCUUGGGUCAAGUGACGUGUUCAGAUUUGUUUUGCGGAACUCAGAUCUAUCUAUCAUACUAUGUCAGGACAAAGCUGGUUUCAAUUGUCUUCAUGAAGCGGUACAAUCUACUAUUGAACCGGGAUUGAAAAUUGCAAUUCUUGAAGAAUCAUGUGUAGAUUUAUGCACACCAACAAAGGAUGGAUUCACACCUUUGCAUUUUGCAGCUAAGACUGACUCUUAUAAAUUCGAAAAGGUCCUCAAACUUACUCUGCAAUCAUCUUUAUGGAAAUCUCAAGGUCUUACUUCUUUCGGCAUCAGGACAGAGAACACGUACUUACAGGGCUCAGAUUCUCGGUGGGAUGUUCCCAACGACACACAAGACAUAAUCAAUUUUGUAUCUAACUCUGGACUAUUUGUCUUACAUAUGUUGAUAUGCAGAGGAUAUACUUCUCCCAGUCAUGGAAUGAUAAUGCUUAGACUACUACUCUCAUCUAGCCGGAACGUAAAUCUGGAACUUAAGGACAACGAAAGAAGAUCAGCAUUAUUAAUACUUUGCAAUUUGGUACUCCAAGAUGUUCAGAGAAGUGAAUAUGCCGAUGGUUUUGUGACUAAUUCCAUGAAAUUAUUAUUACAACAUGGAGCUAUGAUUACUCAACAAGACCGGGAAGGAAAGACAGCACUUCAUUAUCUUUGUAAAAGCCGGGGGUUCACAAAUCUUGAGUAUCGAUCAAUUUCGAUUCUAUUGGCGGCAGAACGCUGGAGAAUUGCUGACACGAGCGAAAACGAUAGCAUAUACAUCCGUAAAUGUAUGAGUGCAGACGAUGGUUAUGGCCGAAACGAUGGCAAAGACAGGGGUGAUUACGGUGCGGAUGAUGACUAUUGGAAUAAUGGCAACGAAGAUAAUGACGAUAAUGAUUUCGUGACAAAAUGGAACACACAAAGGUCCACCUGA